AAAAAAAAAAGAGAAAAGAGUGAGAAAAUUAGAAAGACAGAGAAGCAAAGAUUCUUGCUCCCUUCGAAUCCGCAGCUUCCAAGCUCUAAUCCGAUAUGUAUGUGAAUUUCGCUUCUCUGAUAUUUCUCGAUCGAGAGUGAAGAAGAGUCUCCUUACUUUUUUCUUUUCUUAAAUUCUGCCAUUGACGCUACAACAUAGAGCUUCUUCUCUCUCUCUCUUAAUCUCUCUCUCCAUUUUUUUAGCUUUUACUGAGCUUACAAGAAUCUACGCAUCUGUGUACUGCUGUGCUGAUGCUCUCUGUACUGAAUUAGAGAAUAUCACCACCACACGCACUUCGAGUUGCUUCUCUCUCUCUCUUGAGUCGCUUUUUGAUUCAGAUUUCUGGAAUUUUCUGUCGGAUGCGUUUUGAGAUUCGUCGAAUCUAAUCGAACUGGUUUAUAUAGAUUGGAAGUUUAGGUGGGGAUUUGAUUUUCGUAGCUUGUGGUAGGUAACAUUUUCUUGUUUGAGAUUCCGUAAUCUCGCCGGAGUUGCAUGUAAGAAGUCUAGUAUUCAAAAAUGGGUUCUCUGGAAUCUGGGAUUCCGGCGAAGAGAGAUAACGGCGGCGGGAGAGGCGGACGACAACAACUUCUACAGCACCAGUUCUCGCAGAGAAACAGAUCGAGGCUCUCCAGAUUCAUUCUAUUGAAGAGACUCAAUUAUCUCCAAUUGGUUUCUUCAAUUUGUAUCUUCUUCUUCUUCGCUGUGCUGUUCCAGAUGUUUUUACCUGGUCUCGUCAUUGAUAAAUCUGAUAAACCAUGGAUUAGGAUUAUUAAGGACAAUUUGCCUCCUGAUUUGGCUGUGUUUAGGGAUAAAGGUUUUUUUGAUUUCGGUAAUGAAGUUAGAAUUGAGCCCACCAAGCUUCUGAUGAAAUUCCAGAGAGAAGCUAAUGCUUUGAAUUUCACUUCAUCUUCUCUCAAUACGACUCUGCAGCGUUUUAAUUUCAGAAAGCCGAAGCUAGCUCUGGUUUUUGGCGAUUUGUUAGCUGAUCCAGAGCAGGUGUUGAUGGUAUCUCUCUCCAGGGUACUGCUAGAGAUUGGAUAUUCAAUUGAGGUUUACUCGCUUAAAGACGGUCCAGUGAAUGGUAUUUGGCAGACGAUGGGAGUUCCAGUCACAAUACUCGAGACUAACCAUGAAUCAAGUUGUGUUAUCGAUUGGCUGUCCUAUGAUGGUGUAAUUGUAAACUCUCUCCAAGCUAGGAGUGCAUUUACUUGCUUCCUGCAAGAACCUUUCAAAUCUUUGCCUCUUGUGUGGGUAAUCAAUGAAGAAACUCUCGCUGUUCGGUCCAGACAGUACAACGCAACAGGUCAGACUGAACUCCUCACGGAUUGGAAAAAGAUUUUCAGCCGGGCUUCGGUUGUAGUGUUCCAUAAUUAUCUCCUUCCGAUUCUCUACUCCGAGUUUGAUGCUGGCAACUUUUAUGUUAUUCCCGGAUCACCUGAAGAAGUAUGGGAACCAAAUAAUCUGGAGUUUCCACAGAAAGAUGAUGUGGUCAUUUCCAUUGUGGGAAGCCAGUUCUUGUACAAGGGUCAAUGGUUGGAACAUGCCCUGCUUCUGCAAGCUCUACGGCCUUUAUUUCCAGGCUAUUACGAUGAAAGUUAUGAUCCUCAUCUGAAGAUCAUAGUUUUAGGUGGAGAAUCAGCUUCCAACUACAGUGCAGCUAUUGAGACAAUUUCCCAGAACUUGACAUAUCCAAGAGAUACUGUGAAGCAUGUAAGCAUUCCGGGGAAUGUUGAUAAGAUACUUGAAAGUUCUGAUCUUGUUAUAUACGGAUCAUUUCUUGAGGAGCAGUCUUUUCCAGAAAUUUUGAUGAAGGCCAUGUCCUUGGGAAAGCCUGUAGUUGCACCAGACCUUUUCAACAUUAAAAAACAUGUUGAUGACAGGGUUACCGGGUAUCUUUUCCCCAAGCAAGAUCUUAAGGUUCUAUCACAGAUUGUGCUUGAAGUGAUAACAGAAGGGAAAAUAUCUCCAUUGGCUCAGAAGAUUGCCUCGAUGGGAAAAACAACUGUUAAAAAUAUGAUGGCUCGGGAAUCAAUAGAAAGUUAUGCGGCUCUACUAGAGAAUGUUCUCAAGUUUUCUUCAGAAGUUGCUUCUCCUAAGGAUGUACAAAAGGCUCCUCUAGAACUGAGAGAAGAGUGGAAUUGGCAUCCAUUUGAAGCUUUUCUGGAUACAUCGCCUAAUAAUAGAACAAUAAGAAGUUAUGAGUUUUUAGCUAAGGUUGAGGGGCAUUGGAACCAUACCCCAGGAGAAGCUAUGAAAUUUGGAGUUGUCAAUGAUGAUUCGUUUGUGUAUGAAAUUUGGGAAGGUGAGAGAUAUCUUCUAAUGAUGAAUAGUAAAAAAAGGCGAGAAGAUGAGGAGCUGAAAAGCAGAGCCUUACAGUAUCGUGGGACAUGGGAGGACGUAUAUAAAAGUGCCAAGAGGGCAGACCGAAGUAAGAAUGAGUUGCAUGAAAGGGAUGAAGGGGAGCUGCUAAGAACCGGUCAACUUUUAUGCAUAUAUGAACCAUAUUUUGGUGAAGGAACCUGGCCGUUUCUACAUCAAUAUCCCCUCUAUCGUGGGGUUGGCUUGUCAGUUAAAGGACGGAGACCUAGGAUGGAUGAUGUCGAUGCAUCAUCACGUCUUCAGCUUUUAAACAAUCCAUACUAUCGCGAUGCUCUUGGUGACUUUGGAGCAUUUUUUGCAAUUUCAAACAAGAUUGAUCGUUUACACAAGAAUUCGUGGAUUGGGUUUCAAUCCUGGAGAGCGACUGCCAGGAAGGAAUCUUUAUCCAAGAUUGCUGAGGAUGCAUUACUUAAUGCUAUACAAACACGGAAACACGGCGAUGCCCUAUAUUUUUGGGUUCGCAUGGACAAAGAUCCGAGAAAUCCUCUGCAGAAACCCUUUUGGUCGUUUUGUGAUGCCAUAAAUGCUGGGAACUGCAGGUUUGCUUACAACGAAACUCUGAAGAAAAUGUACAGUAUCAAGAACUUGAGCUCACUGCCACCAAUGCCCGAGGAUGGAGAUACAUGGUCUGUGAUGCAGAGCUGGGCCCUGCCAACAAGAUCCUUCUUAGAGUUUGUCAUGUUCUCAAGGAUGUUUGUGGAUUCACUGGAUGCACAGAUAUAUGAAGAGCAUCAUCGAACAAACCGUUGCUAUCUGAGUUUAACCAAAGACAAGCAUUGCUAUUCGCGGGUACUAGAGCUUCUGGUGAACGUAUGGGCUUACCACAGCGCAAGGCGCAUUAUCUACGUAGAUCCUAAGACUGGUUUGAUGCAGGAGCAACACAAACAGAAGAACCGGCUAGGAAAAAUGUGGGUGAAGUGGUUUGAUUACACAAUUCUGAAAACAAUGGACGAAGAUCUUGCUGAAGAAGCGGACUCAGACAGGCGUGUGGGUCACUGGCUAUGGCCAUGGACUGGUGAGAUCGUGUGGCGUGGUACAUUAGAGAGAGAGAAGCAUAAGAAGAAUUUAGAGAAAGAGGAGAAGAAGAAGAAAAGUCGAGAUAAGCUGACUAGAAUGAGAAGUCGAAAUGGUCGCCAGAAAGUGAUCGGAAAAUAUGUAAAACCGCCUCCGGAGAACGAGACUGUAACCGGAAACUCCACUUUGCUAACCGUAGACGCAUAAAAAACAAAUUACAUUUGUGCUUUUGUUUCUUUUCAUAUAUAUUUUUUUUGGUUAGGUCGUAAAAUUUGUUUCAUUCUUUUUUUUUUUUGGAAAGACUACUGUAUAAAAGUUCUCAAGUCUCAAUCAUUCACUCUC